AUGUCAGGGUACUAUGCUCGCCGUAGUAACCUUAUUGAGGGCAUUGGAAAUGAGGUUUUAUACAGUGUGGCAGCGUUUUUAGGGAUUUUGAUUCCCAUUGUGUAUUAUAUUUGGAAGAAGCAAAACGAAGGAGUUGCCCCCAUCCACCCUGACAGCGCUAUUAAUGUAGCUGCAACACGAGAACAUUUAAGACGGACUGCAGAUGCAAACGUAGAUAGCAGUAGUAAUGGAGUACCUUCUGCCCCUAGAGCUCGGAGAGACAUUAACAACCAAUUUACUUGUCCUAUUUGUUUAGGGGAUGCUGUUUUUGCGUGUGAGACAAAUUGUGGUCAUGUUUAUUGCGGGAUGUGUAUUAAUGCAUAUUGGGAACAUGGGAACUGGAUUGGAGGUAUUCGGUGCCCUGUUUGUCGACAGCAAGUUAGCAUCAUUCUCUUUAAUUUCACAGACGAGGAAAAUGAAACGAACUCUCAGUUGAAGGAAGAAGUUAGAAGAACAAUUGGACGAUUUAAUGCACGAUUUUCUGGUGAACCCCGUCCAUUCAUGGAUUAUGUCCAUGAUUUGCCUACGCUUUUGCGUCACGUUUUUAACGACUUUUUCACGGUGAAUGGUUUAUUGAUGAUGUUCCGGUUUAGGAUUGUGAUGUGUUGUAUUGCUGCCUUUCUCUAUUUCAUUUCACCAUUCGACAUUAUUCCAGAAUCCAUGUUUGGAAUUUUAGGAUUUAUAGACGAUAUUUUUAUUAUUUUAUUGUUGGCUAUUUAUGUCAGUCUGAUCUAUCGUCAAGUCAUACAGAAUCGUGCUAUGAAUGCUGGGAGAACGCCCCCUAUGCAUUGA